GCAUUCAGUUCAGUUGGGGUGCAGUGUUAGCUCGCCUCCUCGUGGUGCACCCUGGGUAACGCUAAAGAGCUAACAAAAUUGGCUGUAGGACGAUCACUAUGAUCUCUUGACUUAAUCACAUGAUGAUUAGGAUUUGGUAUCCUAAUAAUCAAAAUCAGAGACAAUGAGAGGUUGUCUCUGAUCAAAAUCAUCCACAUUGGUCUUUUAACUAGUGGUGGAACAUCAAGAGAUCAGGUCGAAGGACCAGAUUGGAUUCCAUCGAUGGAUAUAAGUCCUUAAAGGCAGACAUGCACAUUUAUAUGAGCCUAUCUAGAAGUUGAAAAACUAGUGGACUUUUAGGUGACUUGGGAUUAUUGGUUUGUUGGCUGAUAAUACACAGCGGAAUACAAUUUUUGUAUCAAAAUGUAUUUCAUAGUUUCAGUGGAGAGAAUAAGGGUUAAUUCCACUAAAGGCAACCAGUGAAAGAAUCAAUACUGACGAUUCUAGUAAUUAAUGCCGCUCCCAUAUAUGUUUCUGAAGCAGCGUGGAAUAGGGAUAUAUAUCCUGAGGGUUUCACCUGGUACAGGUCGACAUAAAGCGGGCCAUGGGAAAUAAAGUAGUGACAUUUAGUGAACAACAGUUACAUAAUUAUCAGGAUUGUACCUUUUUCAACAAGAAAGAAAUUUUGAGAGUUUUUGAAAAAUUCAGGAAUAUUCGACCUGAUUUAGUGCCGAAGAAAAUGGAGCAUUAUGAGCCUGUUUCUAUAAGAAUCCCCCUUGAAGAUACCGUUCAGAAACUUCCCGAAUUACAAGAAAAUCCGUUCAAAAGACGCAUAUGCGAGGUGUUUUCUAGAGAUGGAAAAGGUAAUUUGUCCUUUGAAGAUUUUUUGGAACUGCUCUCUGUGUUCUGCGAGCAUGCACCUCGUGAUAUAAAAGUAUAUUAUGCUUUCCGCAUAUAUGACUUUGAUGGAGAUCACCAUAUUGGCACCGAAGAUAUUCAUGAAGCUUUGAGCUUAUUAACUCGCCAAGAGUUGCUCGCCGAAGAGAGACAGCAAAUCGCAGAAAAAGUUAUGGAGGAGGCCGAUAUUGAUGGGGAUGGUAAAUUAUCCUUUAUGGAAUUCGAGCACGUUGUCACAAGAGCACCAGAAUUUUUGUCCACCUUCCAUAUACGGAUUUGAAUAAAAGGAUUUGGGGGACCUUCAUUUUUUCAUAUUGAAUAAAGAACAUCUUCAUUU